AUGAAAUCCAUAACCAAAUUAGGCCUGGGAUUAUGCAUCAUCUUCGGCAGCCUCCUCCUCGCCCUCGCCGCCGAGCUCUACUACCUCCUAUGGCGAAAGAAGAACCACCAACAAACCCAAACCCAUCAAAAAAGAUCCAACUUUUCGCACAUUCUCCAAUUCUGCAGGGGGCCCACCUCCUCCUCCGCCGUCCACGAGCCGCAGUCCAAAGACCUCUGGCUGAAGAAGCCGUUUGCGGAGGAGAACAUGGGGAGCUUCCCGCGAUUUCUCUUCACGAUCGCGGAGGAGACUAAGGAGGAUUUGGAAUCGGAAGAUGGGGGCUUCAAUUUGAGCGAUUUGCUGCAGAUUUUGGAGACGCCGUUUCUGACGCCGGCGGCGUCGCCGCCGUACUUCACGCCGCCGCUGACGCCGUCGUUCGGCGGGGAGUGGGAGGGGGAUGCGGAGUUUAACCGGAGGCGGGCGAGUCCGCCGCCGGUGUUUAGGUUCCUGAGGGAGGCGGAGGAGAAGCGGCGGAGGAGGGAGGAGGGCGGCGAGGAGAGAGAAAAUGGGGAGUUUAUUGAGUUGGUUAUUGAUAAAAGAGUUGAAAAUGAAGAGUGUUUUUCUUCAUCAAAAUGUUCUAGGUGA